GAAUAUGAAAUCUACCAACCAUAUUCAUAUAAAUGGAAGUCUGUUCUUGUUGAUGCUGCACUUCUGCAGACUCAGUGAGUUAUCGCAGCUCUCAUGGUCUUACAGCAGUUGGGCAAGAUUAGUGGUUCAGGCAGGAAGAAACUAAAGACCUGUGACCCUAAGCUCAUAUGCAAACACAUCCUAUUCUUGUAAGACCAGUCAGUGAAGCUGCCAGAAAUUACAUCUGAGAGUAGGUAUAAAAGAGCUUUAAAAAGCAAAGAAUUAUCAUCUUUUAUAUCCUGAAAACCUAAAAAACUUUAAGGCAUGAAAUACAGAUAAAUUACAACCAGUCUUGUUUUUUUAAAGCAAGCAAUUUUAACACACACUUUCUGAAACACAAAGAUCCUUUGGAGGCACAACUCUCUAAAACAGAAGAUUACCAUAUAUGGAACCGUGAAGCAUGACUGCCUGUUGUAAUAAGAAAGUGCAUCGUAUUCUUGACAGACAAGGACAAAUAUCUGAUGGAUGUAUGGCUGGCAACGUGCAACACAGAGAGGCAUGGAGUGAGCACUCUUACCACAGAGAUCCGGCUGUGUGGGAAAAAGUCGGUUCAAGUUGGAGAAGAUGAUUACGUCCAUCUGCAGAUCUUCCAAAGCCCUCUGCUGGGGAACACAAUUGCGACUACAUUUGAGGGAGUGCAGGGUGACCACAAACGAGAAGAUCCUCUAACACCAUUCAAGCCCUUCAGCUACAGUGAAAACACAACCUAAUUCAGCUUCAUCCAGAUGGCUGCUUUAAAAGAAAAUAUCACUGUGCUGUUUUCAUGAGCAAGCUUACUACAACAAUGUUCAUUUACAAUACAGGCUGUGUUAAAUCUGUGUAUCACUGGAAGCUGUAACAGAAAUGUCAAAAAUGUCAUAAAAUAAAUCAAUAAACAAUUUUAAGGUUUA